CACAAAGCGACGAAGGUCUUUGUUUCUUUUGCACUUCAAUUAAUGAAAAAGCGGAAUUGUAAAAAUGGUUGAUCCUAUAUUUGACUACCAAUUUAGGCUCAUCCUUAUUGGUGAUAGCACAGUUGGUAAAAGCUCUUUAUUGAAAUAUUUCACUGAAGGAAAGUUUGCAGAGCUAUCCGAUCCUACAGUGGGAGUAGAUUUUUUCGCAAGGAUUAUAGAAGUACAAGACGGUACCAGAAUCAAGCUACAGCUAUGGGAUACCGCUGGUCAAGAGCGAUUUAGAUCUAUUACAAAAUCUUAUUAUAGAAACUCAGUAGGUGCAUUAUUGGUGUACGACGUAUGUAACAGGUCUAGUUUCGAGCACAUACCUCUUUGGAUGAUGGAGGCAAAGAGGCAUAUAGAACCACAUCGACCUGUUUUUGCUCUAGUUGGAUGCAAAAUUGACUUAGUCGGAACUGAUAACAAAAAUGGUGCAAGGAGAGAAGUAUCGUGUGAAGAAGCUAGAAUGUUUGCUGAAGAGAAUGGUCUUCACCAUGUAGAGACAUCAGCAAAAACUGGUCUUAAUGUAGAAGAAGCAUUUGUGCUAGUUGCUCAAGAAGUAUACAAUCGCAUUCAAACUGGUGAAUAUAAAGUUGAAGAUGGCUGGGAUGGCAUCAAGACUGGCUUCAACAGACCCAAUGGUAUGGAUUUCAAUCUUCUUGAAGCAGAAACAGUCCAAUCCACAUGCUGCUAGAACAACUGUUUCACUAGAUUUAAAUUCAUGUGUACAUAAUAUGACCAGUGAUUAAACUAUUGGGUGCUUAUUGGACUACCCAGGGCCGGAUUUAGAGGUGUGGGGGCUCUGGGGCAAGGAAGGAGUGGAGGCCCCUAACGAACCCAUUUUGACCUAUCAAAAUUUUUUCUUUUUAUCUCUGUUGUGGGGUCAGGUCCACCUGCCUUGCCUUUAAUUUGGCCCUGGGCUUACCUCUUCAUACUUACCUCUCUAUGAGAAGUAAUCAAGAAGUGCAGGUAAAUAGCAUCUAAAUAUCUGAUCACUUAUAAAGAUUCUUGCAGCG